AUGGAAGGUGCUGACAAACUUCCAAAUGGUUAUUAUGGAACAAGUAUUCGGUUAUCAAUUGCCAUGGAUCCUGCCAUGGGAGUUAUGCUUGCGUAUAAAAUGAACGGUGAACCAUUGACACCCGACCACGGACGUCCACUACGUAUCGUUAUUCCUGGACAAAUAGGUGGAAGAAGUGUAAAAUGGUUGAAACGGAUCAUAAUUACCGACAAGGCAAGUGAUAAUUGGUAUCAUAUAUUCGAUAACAGAGUCUUGCCGACCAUGAUAACACCCGAAGUCGUUGCUGAGCAGAAACAUUGGUACAAUGACGAACGAUAUGCUCUAUACAGUCUCAAUGUACAAAGUGCCAUAUGUUAUCCAGCUCAUGAAGAAAUCGUAAAAGUACAAGAAGGCAAAUCAUAUCCUGUGCAAGGAUAUGCGUAUAAUGGUGGUGGAGUACGAGUGGGAAGAGUCGAAGUAUCGUUGGAUCAAGGCCAAACUUGGAAACUGACAAACAUUGACUACCCGGAGGAUCAGUAUAGAAACGCUGUACAGUAUCCGAGGCUCUACGGCGGAACAUUAGACAUGACGAAUCGAGAGCAUUCUUUCUGUUGGUGUUUUUGGAAAAUCGAAAUUCCUACCAUGGAAAUGUCUAUAGCAAAGGACAUCGUUGUUCGAGCCAUGGAUGAAAGCAUGAAUGUUCAGCCUCGAGACAUGUAUUGGAAUGUUCUAAGCAUGCUCAAUAAUUGUUGGCACAGAUUGACUAUUACUAAAGAACAGGAUGGGUGCAGUCUGAAAUUCGACCAUCCCACUGUACCUGCAUUGACUAAAGGUGGUUGGAUGGAAAAAGUAAAGGAACAAGGUGGUGAACUAACGGAUGGCUUCUGGGGUACUCGAUCUUUAGUAGUAGGUCAUUCCAAUGAAAAGUCAUCGCUAGUUGUCAAGAUGACUGAUGAUCAUGUCAAGAGUAUUAUUACUGAAGAAGAAUUAUCAGAACAUAACAAAGAUGGUGACGCUUGGUUUUCUGUCAACGGGCAUGUUUAUAAUGCUAGUGAAUAUCUGAAAGAUCAUCCCGGUGGCUCUGAAUCAAUUAUUUUGGCGAGCGGAGCUGAUGCUUCUGACGAUUUCAUCGCCAUUCAUAGUAAUACUGCCAAAGCCAUGUUAGUUAAGUAUCAUAUCGGCAUUCUUAAAAUAAAUCCAUCAAAGAAGACGGUGAUCGAUGAAACAUACCCAGAUUCAGAGCAAGAUAUUUUCCUUAAUCAAAAGCAUUGGAAUACAGUUACUUUAAAGGCAAAAGUUGCACUCAAUCAUGAUAGUCAUCAAGUUAAAAGUUCAUCAAGUUUCGUUAAUUCCAAGUAUACGGACAACAAUUAUCAUCACGUUCAUCAUCAUCAACUGAUAAGAAAUAAUGAUCGAAAUUCACCAAAUCCUCAUUAUAUCAAACAAAAACAAACGCGUUCACCUCGAUUAACACACAGUCGAAUCGAAAAAGUAGACACGUCUGAUUCACCUGAUACACAAAAACAAAGUGGUAAUGAAGCACCAAUGGAAAGUUAUGAUGAUUCACCAGCUUUUCAACAACCACGUCCACAUGAUUAUUAUGUUCAAGCAAAUACAUUGUCGUCCAUUUUACCAUCAAAUACAAAUUCAAGCACAAGUACAAUUACAAACGAAGCAUAA